CACCGCCCUGGGCUCUGGGGUCUGCCCCCGCCGCGGGGAAGCCCAAGGCCGACGAGGGCGGCUGGGUGGGCCAGCCGAGGGGGCGCAAAGCCCAGCGGCAGGCCCGCAGCGCUGCCUCGCGAGCGGCAUCCGCCAAGUCGCAGACCUCGGCUUCUGCGGCCAGUGGGGCGCCGAGUGGCGGUGGAGUCACAGCGAUCGAGAGGCUGCAGGCGACGGUCGAGCAGCUGGAGGCGCUGCAGGCUGGGCCGCCCGAGGGCGUGGACGGCAGCUUCACCGGCGUCGUGGCCAGCCAGCUGGAGUCGAAGCGGGCAGAGCUGGCCAGGGCCCAGCAGGCAGCGGCGGAGCAGAAGGCCGCCACCAUGCCGCGGUCGACGCCGCUGCGCAAGGAGGCCAACGCCAUCAGCAAGUCGGAGAAACGGCUCCGCGCAGCCCGCCAGGACCUGGAGCAGAAGCAGGUGGCGCGCGACCUCGCGGAGGCCCAGCUCCAGGAGGCCCAGGAGGAGCUCGCGGAGCGGGGCGGCGCGCUGGAGGAGGCCAGCAGGGCGCCCCAGGUCCUCGAGGAAGCCGCCCGCGAGGAGGCGGAGGCGCGGGAGCGCCAGCGCGCCGCCGAGUGGGCAGGAGCCAGCCAGGUCCCAGGGCUCCUCACGCAGCUGGACAAGCUGCCUGAGGCUUGGGCCUCCAGCAACUUCGACGUCGCGUGGGCAGCCAUCCGCGCCCAGGUGGAGGCGGUGCGAGCGCAGCUCGCUGGGCCCUCAUUGGCCCCCACGCAAGCGCCGCGGGCAGAGUCCUGCCCCACGGACGAGUUCAGCAGCGACGACGGCAACGACGGCAACCUCGCAGGCAGCAGCGGCCCCUGGCAGCCCCAGGCCGCAGCGGAGCGCGGCCAAGCCGAGCGGUAUGGCAACGCGCUCGGCGAGCGGCCGCAGGUGGCGCAGGCCUGCGAGCGGGAGCUGGCAGCCGAGGCUGCAGACCUGGUGGCCCGCCUGCACGGCGCCCUGGGGCCCGCAGGCGUCAACCUUGGUUUCUUCGCAGCCUUCGGCGGCAUCGAGCUCUCCGCGGGCGUGCCCUGGCUGGCGCAGGGCGACUUCAACAUGGGGCCAGGCAAGCUGCACGAGUUGGGAUGGGCCAGAGCGCAGCGAGGUACGUACCUGGGGCUCUCCGAUUUCACGAGCGCAGGCCAAGGGGCCGAGCGUGUGCACGACUGGUUUGCGAGCCCCUUCGGUCGGGCCCAGGGGGCCAGUGAGGCCUCAGCGCUGGAUGGCCCUGGGCCUCACCCCCACAAGCCUGCAAGGCUGCGGCUGCAGGACGCGGGAACAGAGGCCUUGAUGCAGGUGCUGGUCCGCCCAGGUCGUUUCCCUGAUGUCGACGCCGCAGCUCGCCGACCCCGCGAAGUUGGAGAUGUCCAGGUGGAAAGCCGUGCGGAGCGCACUCGCAGGCAGGUGGAGCCUUGCCGUUGGCCCUGGGAGGUGCGCUCCCACCCGAGCGCCCCCCAUGAGGCUGCUUGCCAGAGGAUCCUGGUUGUCGAGAGCACCUUGGCGGGGAUCCACUGCGUCGACGACGGCGACCUACGCGGGUGCAUGGGACGGGCCGAGGGGCCCAUGGCGGUCCUCAUGCCCUUCGGCGCGGGGGUCAAGCACGAGUGCCGCUACCGACGCUCGGCCCCCGCCCACGCCAUGCGCCAGGCCCUCGAUGUAGCGCUGCAGAGGCUCACGGCUGACAGAAAGCGGCGCUGGCAGCCCUUGCACGGGGCUCGGUACUUGUGGCAGGUGGUGCUUUGGCCAGACGAUGUGGAGGCAGCCACCACAGCGGCCUGUGAGGAGGACGUGUUCGGGGCCCUCGAGUUCGGCACUAGCGAGUGGAGCGACCUCGUUGGCCAAGUGGGAGUUCUUCAGCAUCUCGAGGCAGCGGCAGUGAUGACGGACCUGCUGCAGUCAGCCGAGCUGCCGCGCAGGAUGCAUGUUGGGGGGUUGGAGGCAGCAGCAGCCAGGCGCGCUAGUGGCGCCGCAGGGGGGCGCUGUGCCUCGCCCACCGUCGCAGUGGUGCAGACCCUGGAGCAGGUCGGCUGGUGCCUCGAAUCGGUGCGGUGCAAGGUCGCGGACCCAGGUGACGAGCUCGAGCCCAUGUUCCUCGGGCCUCAGGCGCGGGGCGCAAUGGUUGGGUAUGAUGCUCGGCAGGCCCCCAACCGCCAUGAGGAGCGGAAGCUCGGUUGCGACCCCCUCCUGCUUCGGCCGUUGUUCGGGAACGCCAUCGGGCGGCUGCUCGGACGACCAGGCAUCGAGCUGGGCGUGAGGGAGCAGCACGUGCGUGCUGACGGCAGGCUCGACGGCAAGCGGCGCCUCGAUGGCGCGGCCAAGGAUUUCGAAGGGCGCAGGCCGCUGCAGCCGAGGAGCCUCCGCUGGCUGGAGCGGCGGCCAUGCCUAAAGAGCAGCCGCUCAACGGAGGGCAGCACGACCACCAUCUCGGCCGCUGCUGUCGCUUUCAGCAUCCUGGGGCACGCGCUCUGCCACGGCUGCGCGGGCGCGGACGAAGACGCCCGGGAGGUCGUGGCCUGCUCCAAGUGCGGGGCCUACAAGAUGCUGGGCAGCCGCGCGGGAGCCAAGCCUCGCCUGAAGGAACGGUGCCCAGGCGACAUGACGAGCAAGGCGGGCAUGAACCAGCGCAGCCGGUGGGAGCGAGGGCUCCAUCCUGGAGGAAGGCCACGAGCGGAUAAGCAGAGAGCGAAGGGAGAGGGCAUCCCCGCUCUGCGUUCGCAAGGGCCAGUGCCAUGGCACGCCCAGGAGCGCUACGUGGUGUGGCUCGGCAUGAGGGCGGAGUCUGCAGGCGGUGCCUCGACUGCAGCCAGCAGCCCAAGCUGCUGCCCAGCUGAUCCCGCGGCAGUGCUGGCGGCGGAGGAGGCGGCCGCCAGCGUGCCCCUGCAGCAGCCAGCCUCGAAGGGAGCUGAGCGUCUCGGCAUGCACGGGGACACCGAGGAGGGGCUUGCCGCCGCGAGCAGCACGGCGAGCGGCGGCCUGGUGAGCCGCAGGGUCAGCCGCCGUCUGGCGCACCGCGGCCCGCCGUCCAUGAGUGAGUGA